AUGCAAGGACAUCCAGUGAGCGAGGAUAGGGCUGUCCAUCCUCUCGGCUAUCACCUUCAGGAGAGUGUUGGCGCUGCCCCGCACGCGCUCGCCCAGGGACGCCACCCGCUUGCGCAGCACGGCUUGGAAACCAUCGGUUCUCCACGCGGCGAACAUUCCUCACGCGCUGCAGCGCCAGGGCAGCCCCAACAACCCCCUGAAGGCGUUAUUGUAUUGGACGCGCAAAGCACUGUAUUCGCCGAGGACCUCGCGUUCCCUGAGAAUGCAAGAAUUACUAUUCUAGGCCUCCCCGGUGCCCGUAUCGUGUCCGGCUGGGAGGCCGCAGAGGGCCAGGUCCCAUAUCAGUUGUCCCUGCGGAUGGUGAACCCGACGGGAGCUGUGUCUUCAUGCGGGGGCUCAAUCAUCCACGCUGCAUGGGGCCUAACUGCCGCUCACUGCACUGCUACCCGCGUCACCAUGGUGGUCCGCGCUGGUGCAGUCAGCCUGUGGCGUCCCGAGCUCAUCUUCGAGACCUUCGAGUACUUCAACCAUCCCCUGUACAUCGAUGCCCUGCAGGCCAUCGUGCAGCCUCAUGAUAUAGCUAUUCUGAAGUUCCAACGUACCAUCACCUUCUCUCACCGUGUGCAGCCCAUCCGUGUGCAGAACUCCCUCGAUAUGAACCGCAACUACGAUGGUGCAAAGCUGGUAGCUUCUGGCUGGGGACGUACUUGGACCGACGGAGCUUCUCCCGAGAACCUGCAGUGGGUGUACCUGACUGGGGACGCCAACGAGCGCUGCCGGUCUGCCUACGGCGGCAGCUCGAUCAUCAUCGACUCCACCAUCUGCGCCAGCGCCUACAAUGUCACCAGCCAGUCCACUUGUCAGGGUGACAGCGGUGGCCCUCUCGCCGAGUUGGAAGAAGACGGCAAAUACACGCUGGUCGGCGUCACCUCCUUCGUGUCAAGUCAAGGCUGCCACGCUGACAUGCCUGCCGGUUUCAUUCGUCCCGGACACUACCACGAUUGGAUUACCGACGUGACCGGUAUCAACUUCGACUGGGUCCCAGAACCGCCCACCGACUCCAGCGAGUCCAAAUCUAGCGAGUCCAGCUCCAGCGAGUCUAAGUCCAUCGAAUCUAGCGAAGAAAAAUCUGAAUCGAAGGAGUCUUCUGAAUCUAAGGAGACCUCUGAGAGCAAAUCCAAGGAGACAUCUGAGUCAGAAUCUAAGGAAACCAACGAGACCGAAUCUAAGGAAACUACUGAAACCGAAUCCAAGGAGACCCAAGAAACCGUAGAAACUGAAUCUAAGGAAACUACAGAGACCGAAUCCAAGGAGACCCAAGAAACCGUAGAAACUGAAUCUAAGGAGACCUCUGAGCCCGUUUCCCAGGAAACAGUAGAAACGGAAUCUAAGGAAACAGUUGAGGCCGAAUCUAAUGAAACCGUUGAGGCCGAAUCUAAGGAGACAACUGAGGCCGAAUCUGAGGAAGCAACUGAAGAGACUAGCGAGGAAGAACAGUCUCGCCUUUUCUGGUCAGUCUUCCGCGGUGCCUCGUUAAGUGCCUUUGGCAAAUAUUAA